UCGCCUGAGAAACAAAAAAUGGCCCUUUUAGGGUUUAAGAAAAGGCUUCAACAAAUGGAGGAAACUAGAAACCAGAGGCUUUCUCUUCUCCAGGCAGAGAAAGAGCUUCAAGAAAAGAAAUCUGAGCUUUUAAUGGCGAAAUUCUCCUAUCUGAGGCACCUAGAGCAGAAUGAGCAAGAGUCGGCUUCUCUAGAUUUCGAAAUCUUGGAUAAGAAAACCGAAGUUGAGAAAUGCCACCUUAAAUACCAGAAAACAACAGAGAAGAUAAGGCGUGCCUUUAAUUAUUUGAGGAUGAUGUGAUUUAUAAUCGGAAUUGCAUAUUUGAUACAAGGAGGUCACAAUUAUUAUUGACAAUUAUAUGAGAAAUUGAGUGGAUAGGGAUGGGUCUUUGAUUGGACAUAAAUCUGCAAAUAAAUUUUUAUGAAUAUUGUCAGAUACUUUAAUAUAUAGGACUCGUCAUCCAAUAGUUAAAAAUGAUUGUUAUUUUCUUGUAUUAAAAAUAAUUGGGCAUACAAUUCCCUAUAAACCACACCAGAAUGACCGUGAUAUUUUCGAAAAACAGGUAUCCUUGUACUAUUUUUGAAACGUGAACACGCUUGCAGCAACCCAAUUAAAGGACUGUUGGAAAUACACAGUUAAGGCUUCUAUCUAAUGUUAACCGCACUAGAAUGACCGUGAUAUUUUAGGGCAAUUCAUAAAAAGGGUGUGGUUAGCUUAGGCUCUAAACGAUCAAAUUAGACCCUACCUUCAAAUAGUAUA